AUGACAAACGCACCACCCCACUACACCCUCGGCCCCCACCCUCCCCAUACCGACCCCGACAUCACCCCCUCCCCGUCCGACCCGGACCCCCCUCCGCUCCCCAUGUCCCUCCGCGAACCCCCCGGACCCGACAUCCCCUCCCCAACCCGAUCAUCCACCCUCUCCGCCUUUCGCGCCUCCGAAGGACCCACCGCCCGCGCUGCCAAGCUGCGCUCACUAUGGAAUUCCCUGCCUUCCCUGCCGUCUCUACCGGACGGGGACGAGCCGACGGAUACGAAGAAGAUGCAGUUGCCGGGCCAGGGGACGACGGAGGCGCUCUCGCUGGAGAGGGCCGAGCGGCUGAAGAGGCUGUAUGAGGAGGAGCUGGUGAAGACGGUGGCGAAAAAGAGGCCGGAGAGUGCGUUGUGGGGUGGGCCGGAUGAUUUGGAGCCUGAGGUGAGGCAUUUGAAGGGGAAGAAGGGGACGGGGGUUGCGUGGGGAGACUUUAGGCGCUUUUUGUGGGAUAAGGAGAGGGAAUUAUGGGACAUUUUCCAAGACCUCGACAAGAAUGGUGACGGCCGGCUCGAUUCAUUAGAGAUCAGAGAAGCCCUCUCCCGCUCUGGGAUCGACGUCACCCCGGCUACGGUAUCAGAACUGGUGCAUUACCUCGCGAGCCAUGCGAGCGAGCAGGGCGCGCCCAAGAUUGGAAACAAGGAGAAGGGCAGGACGGGGGUGUAUCUGACGUUUGGCGAUUUCAGAGAUUUUUUGAUCAUGUUGCCGCGGAAAGCUACGCCUUUUGAAAUCUACAAAUUCUACCAAGUGCGUAAACGCUUCUCCGACGGCCGAGGCGCAGCCCGCGUCGACAAAGAAGGCGACAUCAACAUCUCCUUCCCGAAAGCCCCCAACGCCUCCUCCACCUCCACCGCCGCCGGCUUCUUCCACCCCCCCAAAUCCCACGGCUUGGAAGACGACGAAUUCGCAGAUACCCCCUCCGAACCAUUACCCGAAGACGAGCUCGUCGGUGAAGCGCAUGAAGAUCGGCAUGAAGCUUGGCGGUUCUUGUUGGCGGGGGGAGUGGCCGGGGCCGUGUCGAGGUCGGUGACGGCGCCGUUCGAUAGGCUAAAGGUGUAUCUCAUCACGACGGACGACUUUUCGUCGUUUAAUCGGAAACCGGGGAUUGGGCACCCGUUCAAAAAUGGGUUUAGGGCAAUGACAAACUUGUGGGGCGCGAUGAAGAAGAUUUAUGUGGAUGGAAAUGGGAUCAGGGCGUUCUGGGUCGGUAACGGGUUGAACGUUACGAAAAUAUUCCCUGAAUCAGCAAUCAAAUUCGUCUCAUACGAACAAUCCAAAAAGUUUCUCGCCAAAUACUGGGACUGCGUCUCGGACCCAUCCGAACUAUCCUCCUCCUCGCGCUUCAUCUCUGGCGGCGUGGGCGGUAUCACCUCGCAACUCAGUAUAUAUGGGCUCGAGACGCUCAAGACGAGGAUACAGAGUGAUAUAGGGCCGAAUGAAGGGUGGAGGCAGGUGAAAAGGACGGCGGGGGAGAUGUGGAAAGCUGGCGGGGUUCGGACUUAUUAUCGUGGUUUGACACUCGGUUUGAUAGGCGUGUUCCCAUACAGCGCCAUCGACAUGGGCACCUACGAAACCCUCAAAACCGCCUACUGCACCUCUGCCCAAACAGACGACCCCCCCGUAUUCGCCGUCCUCACAUUCGGCGCCCUCUCCGGCUCUAUCGGCGCCGCCUCCGUCUACCCCAUCAACCUCCUCCGCACGCGGCUCCAGGCCAGCGGCUCGUCCGGCCAUCCGCACAGGUAUGAUGGGUUUAUGGAUGUGUAUCGGCAGACGAUGAGGAAUGAGGGGUGGAGGGGGUUGUAUAAGGGACUGUUGCCGAGUAUUUUGAAGGUGGGGCCGGCGGUGGGGGUUAGUUGGAUCGUUUAUGAGGAGGCGAAGAGGCAGUUGGGCGUUUAG